GUUUUCCGAUCUAAAUCUUCUGUCCCGCAGAUGACCGAUACUAUGCAGCAAGCAAUCAAAGAAGAAGAAAAAGCAUCUGUUGGGUCGGGUGGUCCCCAAUGCCCGUCUGAAGGGAAAGCUUGCGAAUUGCCGGAGGAGCCCGGGUUGUUCGUGGCCAUUGCGAAUAACGGUGAGGAGCAAACGGAGCAAAAUGCGCAAUGUAGAGCGCAGCUACAGGAACACCACGGAGCAGAGCAGUUUCUCUUUCCUAGCCCGGACGAGAAGAACACUCCGACAAACUUGACUUUAUCUAACAGCGGCGAUGAGCAGGACCUACGUUGCAGCCAACAUGUUGCUCACCGUUCCUCGUGUAAAUCGCAUAAUUCCUCCAUGCAUAAAGAUGGUAGGGACUCUGUCCUCGUCUACAACCGCCGGGCAACACGGGUAAGCUCGAUUGAGUCGGCUUCACCCUUGGCGAAAUCCAGAGCAAUAAGCCCAAGGAAUUCCGUCCUGCAACCACGCCGGAAAAAUAGGUCCACCAUCACGUAUUCUUCGAACGUGCUGCUCUACGGUCGUAAUGGGCUAUCGCACAGAAUGAAAAGCACACCCAAACUGAAGUCUCUGAAUAUUGUUUUGCAUCCAUAUAUUCUUAGUUAUAGUUUUAGUUACAUGCGUUCUCGUUUCCUUUCCGCUGGCGCCGGCCUAGUGCCAGUAGUAGGAUGAAAAACGCAGGGAGCUACAUGUGCCGGAAAGUGACGCCAUGAUGGGUAUGCUUUUCUAAUUUGAAAUUCGAGCUGCGACACAGAGUCACCGCUCUUCGUGCAGCGUGCGACAAAAACGAUGUACGCCGCUUUACCGCAUUAUGAAGAUGAACAAGAGAGCGAUGAUAGCCCUGGUUGGUUUCCACCUCCCGCUCUGACAGAUGAACAUCAUCAUGCAGUAGCAGUAGAAGAAGACGCGCAGCGAGGCAUCACGGACCGC